CAGCACCGCCAACGACACCAAACAGCUUUCCUCGUCGACAUCUUGAACAUCCCCGGCCCAACGUCGACACUUAUCUCCUGUCGGUCCCCAAUUGUGCACCACGCAAGAGAUAGAUAGCUGGAUCAGCGAGCCGGCCCAAUGCGGUUCCUACAUUCAUUUGUGCCCUCUCUCCUGCUCCUAGCUGCAGGCGCAGUUCAGGCAGCUCCCUCUUGGGGCUUCGACGAUGCGAAGCUCACAGUGAGCCCCAAGAAAGCGGCAGUCGAUGCCAAGGAGAAGGGUAUUCAACAGUUCAGCGACAAGUCGCCCGUCCCUCAGACGCCGGUGGUCUUUGAUAACACCGACACCCUCAAGCUGCUCCUCACAGCCAAGGAAGGCGGCAAGGCCAAGCGCCCUCACCAGGCUUUCCUAGUCCUCCGCGAGCCGAUCUCGGGGCUCGAGGCUCCGUUCCCUCUGACCGUCAAGGAGAGUGGCAGGGCGAUUGUCGAGAUCAAACAUAGCGAUCUGCCCGUCCAACUUGCCCUCGCGACCGAGCCCCUCCGGGUCUCCCUGGUGCUGGCCUCGUUCGGGUCUGCCGAAGGACUCGAUAAGCACCUCUUCGACCUGGAGAUCAAGCUCAACCCGGGCGCGACGCCCAUCGUCUACGAGAAGCCGCUGCGCUACGGCAAGCGCGAGGAGAUCUACCACACGUUCCGCGACGACCCCAAGAACCCGCCCAAGAUUAUAUCCAUCGCCUUCGUGCUGCUCGUCGUAGCUGCGCUCCCAGCCCUCUACAUUGCCUGGCUCUCCUUUGGCGCCAACGUCUCGCACCUGCCCCAAGCGCUGAGCGCCGCCCCGGUCGCGCACGUCGUCUUCUUCGGCUCCAUCGUCGGCAUGGAGGGCGUCUUCUACCUCUACUACCGGAGCUGGAACCUGUUCCAGGUCCUCCCCGUCGCCGGCCUCGUCGGCGCCGUCACCUUCCUGAGCAGCACCAAGGCCCUCGGCGAAGUGCAGAGACGCCGCCUCGCCGGCGAGCGGUAAACGGGGUAACCCCGAUACGCACAUGCGUUGGGCGCUUGCGCGCCCUUGCGCGUUUUCCUUGCGGGACGCCGGGUUAGAAAAGCGCCAGUCUUAGCUGCGGAGAGAGACUGGCGUGCGUGUGGCUGCUUAUUUGUGUAGUUACGGGCUGCGCACCGUGCCUGUUUCCGCCCGCAGACAAGGAGGAGCAGGAGCAGGCGGGCCUUCGCGAAUGGUACGAUAUGACGAUAGCAU